UUAUUUAUUAAUUUCUGACGUUCCGAAAGUUUAUUUGUCGGUUUUCAAAUAAAAUUAUAUUUUUUGUCAUUAAUUUUGCUAUAAUUGUUUAUAUAUUGUAGAUUUGUUUAAUUUAUCUCAAUGGCCACAAGUAAACAUGUCCCAGAAGAUUUAAGAGACAAACAGAUUCAAGAGAACAUUGCCAGUUGGCAAUCCACAGAUGAUCCUUUGGCUCCUUUAGAUGCGGAACAAACUGAACUCAUUUAUGAGUUGGGGGAUCUUGUAAAAAGUUUAUAUGACAAAGAGGAAGUUCCUGAAAAUGAUGACACCCUACCCACAGAAAAGAAACCACCACCUAUUAUUAACAAUAAUAAGGAUUUUAUACAGUGGAUGAUAAGUGUGGAAAAAGAAAUUCAGCAUGAAGAUUUAAAAGAUUUUCAAGAGUAUUAUGAUGGGCUAUCUCGCCAUUUAGAAAAAUGCGAGUUAUUGUUUGGACAUUCAGAAUAUACUGUUAAUUCAAUAUCAAAAUUAAAAGAAACUUAUGAAAAUGUUAUUGACAAAACAAAUUACCUGCAUAAUCUCAGUGAGCAGCUGAUGGUUCAGCAGAAUAUUCUAAAAGAAAAAAAAACUGAUAUUAAUAGUAAGCUAAAAUAUUUUUUGUAUCUUCCAAGUUGUCAAGAAUUAGUUGAACAUCUUGGACAUCAUAAAGUUAAUAGUAAAGAAUUUAUUGAAGUAUUAAAUAAUAUUGAUGAAGCUAUAGAUUACCUUGGAAAAAAUUUAAAUUUCAAGGAGUCUAAACUUUAUAAAAUGAAGUAUGAGAGCCUAAUGGUUAAAGCUUUAAGUUAUGUGUAUGACUAUGUCAAUUAUAUACUUUCUGAUACUAUUAAGCAAGUGACAAAUACAGAUAUAAAACCUACACAAACAAUCCAGGCAGGUGAUUCAAUCUUUUCCUUGUAUUAUGGAAAAUUUCAAAGUGUAUCUGUAAAAGUAAAACUAAUAUUAGACUUUAUAGAAACAUCAAUAGAUUCUAAAGAUGAUAUAAAUAAUUAUUACAAAAAUACUUUGUAUGAUUGCCAGAAAAGUUACUUCACACAAAGGCUUCCUAUAUUAGAAGCUGCUGUAUCAAAGUCAUUGCAUGAGCUGAAAGAAAAGCAACCGAAUGAUUACAGUGUGCUUUUUAGGUCAUGCUGUUUAUUUACUAUAAAAGUGUGCAUGGAUGAGGCUAGAUGUUACAAUUAUUUUUUUAAAAGUUCAUCAGAUCAAUUGAAUGAUUAUUUAGGCUGUCUUUGUCAGUAUUUAUAUGACACUCUCCGACCUUGCCUUAUAGUAAUUAACCACAUUGAAAUUCUUUCUGAACUAUGCAGCAUUUUAAAAAAUGAAAUGCUGAAUGACAGAGUCACAGCGGACAAUAGUCAAGAAGGCAACAACUUAUCCAAAUAUGUGGAAGUAAUCAGACAGCUACUAGAAGAUGUUGAAGAGAGAUUAGUUUUCCGAACAAAUGUUUACUUUAAACAUGACUUAAAUGAUUAUCGUCCAUCUCCUGGAGAUUUGGCAUAUCCUGAAAAACUUCAGCAAAUGGAGAAUAUUAUUCUUGACUUAAAAAGACCUGAUUCAAGAGGUUCUGUUGUAUCUCUAGAGUCCCAAGAAGUAGCUCAAAUCAACACUUCAUCAACUCACUUGAGGUCUUAUACAGGAAAUUCCCCAGCAGACCUACACGGAAUGUGGUAUCCAACAGUCAAGAGAACUUUAGUUUGCUUGUCAAGAUUAUAUUAUUGUUUGGAUAGAGAUACAUUUCAAAGUUUAGCACAAGAAGCAUUGAUAGUGUGUGUUAGAACAGUGCAGCAUGCUUCUGACAUGAUUUCUAAUAAAAAGACUCCAGUUGAUGGCAAAUUGUUUGAAAUCAAACAUUUACUUAUUAUUAGGGAGCAAAUAGCUCCAUUUCAAGUAGAUUUUACUACUAAAGAACUGAGCUUGGAUUUCAGUAAUGUACAAAAAGCGGCGUUGGGUCUCUUGCAUAAGAGAAAGCAAAUAUUUUCAUUUAGCAGCAACAAUGCCUUACUGGAAUUCCUUUUAGAAGGAACUCCAAAAGUAAAAGAGUAUUUGGUUGAUUCCCGAAAAGAAAUUGACAAGCAAUUAAAGCAUUCUUGUGAAUCGUUUAUUGCCUGUGUCACAAAAUUGUUAAUAGGAAAUGUUCUUGAUUGGAUUGAAAAGGCAGAGAAGAUACUAAAGAUUAUAAAGGUCGAAAACACUACUGCCAAUGAUUUGACUGUUAAAUCGCAGAGUUUUGGGAAACCCGAGUAUGUCGCAGGUAUAAUAAAGGACACACAAAAAAGCAUAAAAACGCAUAUUCCAGAGGUUCAGAGAUCUAUGCAGCUGUAUUUGGCUAAUCGUGAAACUGAGUUUAUUUUAUUUAGACCAAUAAAAAACAAUAUUAUAAAUGCAUUUAUGCAAAUUGACCAGAUUUUGAUAAAAGGUGGAUAUUCAACUGAGGACCAAUUACUAAUCGCUUGUCCUUCGCCAGAACAAGUCAAUAUUUUGAUUUGUUCAGUUUCUCUUACCAUUGAACAUGAGCCUUUAAAUAAUUAGCAAAUUGCAUCAAAUCAUUAAUUAACCGUCAAUGUUUCUACUGAUAUUCUGAAAAAGGAUAAUUAGCGAUCGAAAAUAAUAUUGCUAUAUUAUUUAUUUCUAUCUUAUGUCUUAUGCCUUCAAAGGUAAUAUGUAUCUUAUUUCAAUUGAACUGAACUACUUUUAAAUUAGGUUGAAUAUUGUAUGUUAAAUUAAGUAAAAAUUAUUUUUCCCUUCGUUGUUACAUUUUCAUUAUUGUUAUUUAUUUUUAAUUGUUUGAAAAUAAGGUAAAAAUGCGGCCACUUAUUUUUACAAGCAUCUUGUUACAUCAUGCUAGUAAAACUAGGAUGGCACAUCUUCAACAAGAAAUAUUUAAUACAUUUUAAAUAAAGUUAUUUGUACAAAUAGGGUUUUUAAUUAGGUAUUUGAAACUCUUCUAAAAUUGACAUGUACAGAGGCAGGGACACUAAAUAAAACUUGUGAUAUUAGA